UUCGGUUUACGAAUUAUUUCGACUGCAUUCGAACAUGGAAUAUUUCAACGCAGAAGACUUUGAUCUGAAAAAUUAUUUUAAAGAAUCGUAUGGUUCAGUAGAUGUUUUAAUCGCUCGAGCCAAGAAGGGUGAAGUACGCUGCCAAAUUGACCUUGGUGCCGCUUAUGCUACAGGUAUCGAAGGAUUCGUGGAGAAGGACACCAAGAAAGCUAUUGGCUGGCUAGACACAGCUGUCCAAAAUGGUUGCAUUAUUCCCUCGGUAAUGAAAGAACUUGGUCAAUUGCUGGAUUUCACAGGAGAGCCACACAACCAGCGAAAAGCGUACGAUUUGUAUCAAAAGGCAGCGCGUCUGGGAAGUACAUCUGCGCAGUUUAAUUUGGCUGAAAUGUAUCGAUGUGGAGUUGAAGGGGUUGUAGACGAAGAUAUCAAAGAAGCGUUUGAAUGGUACAAAAAGGCAGCAGGGGAAAGUACAGUCGAAGAUACCACAGAGGUGGGAUCUUUAGGUCUCCUUAUUGCUGGAACUAUGAACAAGAUUGAGAAUUCUCAUGAUGAUCUUCGACAAAUAGCUUUGACAUCUUUGUACAAGUACUAUCUUCUAGGUGAUUGCCCAGAAGGGAAACCGCAACCAACGAAAGCUGUUCACUAUUUGACCAGAGCCGCGGAACUAGGAAACUCUGAGGCCCAGCGGAAACUUGGACAGAUAUAUCUGGAAGGAAGUUGUGAGCAGAUUAGGGACUUAAGGAAGGCGAAACGGUGGCUUGAAAAAGCUUCUGCUAGCGGUGAUGUCGAGGCUAAAGAGGUUGGUGUUAAGAAUCUUCUUUUAAUGUGUAGAAAUUUACAGACAGGCAUCUUUUGA